UGUCAAUGUCGAAGGUUGCAGAGAGUGCAAUCCCGACCAAGUUGCCAAAGCUGACCAUACUUUCCUUGACCAUGGGCAUUCAGUGUAGAGGUGCUCAUGCGUACGUCUCUAGAUUGCGAAUCAAGAGCAGCCGUCCACAUAAAGAACUUGUGGUUUCCCAGUUCCCAACACUUCCAAAUCGAGGAGUUAAAGUAUGAGGAGAUGGCACCAUCAAAUUGAAUGAGAUAAGCCAACCGAGUCGAGUAUUCAUCUACGGUAUCGAGCCUCGAUUGAAUGGCGUCCUCUACAUUCCCACGCAACAUUUCCUUCACAAAUCUGUUUUUGGGUGAUGCAAUGACAGAAAGUGAGGAGGCAUCCCUAGCCAAUGAUCAUGCCAAAAAUUUGCAAUGGACCUGUCCCCAAUUGUGAUUUCCGUGGCCGUGGCAAACGUCGCCCUAUCAGUGUCUUUGCAUGGCAGUGUAGAGCCAACCUAAGGAGCCGUGUGUGAUUUCCAUGCUCACCAAAGCCGGUGAAAUCUUAAGACGCGGCAAUUUUUUGGCAGAUCGUGGACAUCUUGUCCCCCUAGUUCCUUUGGCCGACAAAUUAAAGACCAUUUGACACCCCCGAGAAAAUGUGGGCAUCAUGGGAGACCCACGUUUGCAGUACCACACAAACACAUUGGUAGCAAUGGAAUAGCAAUUGUUGCAGACUCCCAAAAUCGUUGCAGCAUCUAGCUCGUGCGGCUGACACAAAAUGCAAAUGAGUUUGCAACAUUGAAAAUGGCAAAAAUCAUUUACCUAUAUUUCAAAGUUCCCAUCUCCCCAUCUCUGGGUGGAGCCUCGAUGGUGCCAUCUUUGGCAAUCCAGGUGGCCCGUUUCCUCGAUCCACCCUCCCCUAGGUCUAGAACAUUAAAGAAGCCUAGAUUCAAGCUCCACCCUUGUCCUUCCAUGGCGGUGCGAGCAUUGUAGCCUCCCUCGUCAAACUUCACUUUGCUUGACUUAUUUUAACGAUAUAAGUUUUAUUCAUUAAACAGAGAUAUGUACGUUUUUGAUUCUUUAUCGGGCAUGGUUUUUCUUUUGUUUUAUGAUAUAAUAUGCUCUACGAAUUUAGAUGCUCACACGCCAUGGUAUCGUGAUUCACAACGUCGUGCCAAAAACCGUGGAGUUGACUUCUAUUUGUCCGAAGCAUUAGGUGAAGACUUGCAGGCUAGUCUUCAUCUCAACCGAGCCCACGGUGGUACCUAGCACCUCGUCGACAGGAACACCGAACACACGAUCGAAAGGGAGCACCAUCUCUGAAUCAUUCGACGCUACUGAAGAUCUAGACGAGCGGGAUGUUCAGAGCCGUGCAGCUAGUUAUCAGGGAGAAAUAUGGCAGAGUAGCUCACGCGGCGAUCUCGUCAGGUCGCGUCAAUGGCUUCUCCACGGCCGCGAGCCCUCAGGGUCAGAGGCUCGCUGGUAAAGUGGCGGUCAUCACGGGCGCCGCGAGCGGCAUCGGCAAGGCGACGGCCGCCGAGUUCAUCCGGAACGGCGCCAAGGUCAUCAUCGCUGACGUGCAGGACGACCUGGGCCGCUCCGUGGCCGCCGAGCUCGGCCCCAACGCCACCUACACCCGCUGCGACGUCACCGACGAGGCGCAGAUCGCUGCGGCCGUUGACCUCGCCGUAGAGCGGCACGGCCACCUCGACAUCCUCUACAGCAACGCCGGCGUCUCCGGGUCCCCGUUACAGUCCUCAGUGGGCGCGCUGGACCUCGACGACUUCGACCGCGUGAUGGCGGUCAACGCGGGGUCGGCGGUCGCGUGCAUCAAGCACGGCGCGCGCGUCAUGGCGCCGGGGCGCCGCGGCGGCAGCAUCCUCUGCACGGCGAGCGUCAUCGGCGUGCUCAGCUACGGCUCCCCGAUCCUCGCGUACGCGAUCUCCAAGGCCACCGUCAUCGCCGCGGUGCGCGCGGCCGCGGGGCCGCUGGCGCGCGACCGGGUGCGGGUGAACGCCAUCUCGCCGCACGCCAUCGCGACGCCGCUGACGGUGCGGUCCAUGGCGGAGAUGUUCCCCGACGCGGGCGAGGACGCGCUGGUGCGGGUGGUGGAGAGGGACUGGAGCGAGCUGGACGGCACCGUGCUGGCGGUGGAGGACGUGGCCAGGGCGGCGCUGUACCUGGCGUCCGACGAGGCCAGGUACGUGACCGGGCACAACCUGGUCCUCGACGGCGGGUUCACCGCGCACAAGGGUGUCAGCAUGCCGUCCCUGGGUGGGCUGAGCCGCUGAGGGACAGUGAAUUCCAUAUAUACGCGUCACGAGUUGGCAAGCCCUGCACUUAGGGUCUGUCUCGUUGCUCGGAAUGACGUUUAUCACUUUCACUGAACCGAAAAUCGGUCGCUUGGUUGGCAUGCUCGCAUGGAAAACUGCUUCUUUCGAUGUUUAAAGCGGCCCAAAAAACUAAGCCCGCCAGAAACUCUCGAUUCCAUCGUUUUUCUAGGGACUGGCGAGCGAUAAAUGGGCUCUCAUAGUCGGUCACCACCUAGCAAAAACGAAAUUCCCUAAGACAAGAAGGCGACAGUGAGGGCGGUGAUGAUCUAAAUCUGUGACAAUGGCGGUGAGAUAGAUCUGCGGAGGAGAUCUCCGGGAUCGUCUCCCGCUACCUCUUUGUCGCGUUGUCCAGCUGGUUUGAGAGUUCCGGUCUCCUAGACCGACAAUCUGUCCCUAUCUCCAUCAACCUCUGAUCCCCUUCGUCUUAGGCUCCGGCUGAAUGAGUGUCAGCUCGAGCACCCUAAUCAUGUCCUAUUGUUACUGAUUUAGUACAUGCCAAUUCAGUCAAGAUUCGUGCCAAUUUAGCUACUGAUUUUGCCACAUCAAAAUGCUCAGGCCGAGCUACACAAGAUGUUUGUUCAAGUGGGGGCCCUCGUAGCUGUGAUUCGGGAAUGUGUGACAUAGGCAUUCCCAAUAGGUCUGCCGAAGAUGGUAUCCAGGGUUUACAGAAGGCACACAUGUCGAAGAAUAUGAAGUUCGGAACCCCAAUUAGUUGUUAAGGAAAGAUAGAGUUGUAUUAGGAAAUACAGAGAUUUGUAACUUUACGGGUUAGACUCAGAGAGUCUCCCGGAAUCUGUAAACUUGUGUAGUACGAUACCCUCGGCUCCGCCUCCUAUAUAAGGGGGA